UUGCAGGCUGCACCUUAUGCUGGUGUGGACAGCCCGGCUGCUCCAUUGCUUCAACUCCUUCCGACUUCAUCCUCCUCUCUUUUGUUUAGCCAAACCGAUUCCUUGGAGGAGUGCUGCUGGCGGCGCUUCAGGGUGGAGACAGAGCUCUAUGGAUGCUCAGGUUACCACCAAUGAGCCAUCAUGCACAUCAGCUGAAUCUCUAGCAGCUGGGAAUGCGUCAAAAACGAGGCAUGGUGCAGAGGAGCCAUGUCCUGUGAACCUGUUACCUGGAGAGACUGUUGUCAAAGAGGGAAAGGCUGCCAUCUUGUUUCCUAACGCAAAUGAGGUGUUUUACAACCCAGUCCAGGAGUUCAACAGGGAUUUAACAUGUGCUGUGAUCACAGAGUUUGCCAGGGACCUGAUGGCCCAGCGUGGGGUGAAGUUACUCAUCCCUGGAGAAAAAGAGAGGGUGGUGGUCUCUCUGUCAGAGGACACGAACGAAGCCGACAUGCAGAUGGAGGAAAAAAACGGUGCACAAGAAGUUACAGCAAGAGUUGGAGAAAAAUGUGAGAACGGUCUUCGUAUCCUGGAGGGCCUUGCAGCCUCCGGUUUGCGCUCGGUGCGUUUUGCCCUCGAGGUGCCCGGCCUGCAAAGCGUCACCGCCAACGACUUCUCCACCAAAGCGGCAGCGCUGAGCGCACGGAACGCCCAGUACAACGGAGUCGGCCACAUUGUGCAGGCCAGCUGCAGGGAUGCAAGCAUGUUAAUGUAUGAGAUGCGAGGGAAGAAAGAGCGAUAUGAUGUCAUUGAUCUGGAUCCUUACGGAAGCCCUGCAGUUUUCCUGGAUGCAGCUGUGCAGGCAGUCAGUGAGGGAGGUCUGUUGUGCGUAACGUGCACAGACAUGGCCGUGAUGGCGGGAAACAAUGGAGAAACCUGCUACAGCAAAUAUGGUUCAGUCUCCAUUAAAGCCAAAUACUGUCAUGAGAUGGCUCUUCGUAUCAUCCUCCACAGUUUGGACCAGCGGGCAGGAGUGUACCAGCGCUACAUCCAGCCGCUGCUGUCCAUCAGUGCCGACUUUUAUAUUCGAGUCUUUGUAAGAGUCUUCACGGGACAGGCUACUGUCAAAAACUCUGCCAGCAAACAGGCUCUGGUGUACAACUGCGUUGGCUGUGGCUCCUUCCACAUGCAGAGGAUGGGCAGAAGAAUUAGCAAUGGAAAACACAUGAAGUAUUCUGCUGCCACCGGACCCCCCGUUGGACCAGAGUGUGAGCACUGUGGACAGAGACACCAGCUGGGUGGUCCUAUCUGGGCUGAAGCCAUCCACGACCUGGAGUUUGUUCAGAAGGUUUUAGCCGCCGUGUCGGGGAACCCUUCCAGAUUUGGAACUUCUAAACGUAUUGAGGGCAUGCUCAGCAUGGUGACCGAGGAGUUGGAAGACGUGCCGCUUUACUACACAGUGGACAAUCUGAGCAGCACGAUACACUGUAAUACUCCGUCUCUGCUCCAGUUCAGGUCAGCUCUCCUUCAUGCUGGUCACAGGGUUUCUCUCUCUCACGCCUGUAAAAACGGCGUUAAGACAGACGCUCCUCCUGGAGUCAUCUGGGACAUCAUGCGAUGCUGGGAGAAAUCAAAUCCGGUAAAAAGGGAGAAGUUGUCUCAGACCAGCCCUGCAUUUAAGAUCCUCUCCACUGAACCCAGCCUUGAAGCCUGCUUCACAGUCAGAGAGGAUGCAAACCCUCAGUCCCGUAAACGCCAUUUGACCCGUUUCCAGGAGAAUCCUCAGGCGUUCUGGGGGCCCAAAGCUCGAGCAAAAGCAGGGGGUGGUAUCAAUACUAAUCUGCAGGAUAAAAGGAAGAAGUUCCAGAACAAAAGAAAGAACCAGAUCACAGACUCGUCACAGUUGAAGAAUUUCCCCUGCAAGAAGUUCAAACAGGGAACAUGCACACACGGAGACAGCUGCUCCUAUUCCCAUGAUGAGGAGCAGAAAAGUGAUGAGAAAGCUGAAUGACUUAUUAUAGUUUCAAGUUUAAUCAUUUUAAGUUUAAAAGCUCUAGUGGAGUCUGGAUACUCUGGAGGUUAGAUUGUUUUGGACGUCUAAACUGAAUGGAAAUUUCUGGUUAUGCCAAAUUUUUUUUUUUUAAGUUGAAAUAAAUUACAAGAACAUGCUGCAUAUGUCCAAAUGUAACAGGCCUCACUUAAAGAUCAAUUUUCUGGAUGUAUUAAAGUUAUUCAGGGAACUUUUCUGGAAA